AUGGAGGAACCUCCGGCUAAUGGCCGUGACAUGUAUGACAUUAUCCUGGAGCAGUUCGACAUAGAGUUUGAACCUGAGGAGGGGCCUACAAUCAAUGACAACGCUGCCAUUCAGGAGGAUAACUGGUACUCAUCGCGGGAUCAUUGCCUCUUUGCCUUGCUUGAUGAUGCGGUAGUGCAUAAAUACGGUUUCUACAUGAAGUCUACCAGAAGGGCAUCGGCGCUAGCAUUGUGCAAGAGUCAGAAGCUUGGGUUGGACCCCCCUUGUCCAUGGCGGUGCAGCUACGCUCGUCUCGAGCGGAACGGACCGUGGCGAAUCGUUGAGCUGUCCGAUCCCGCAGAGCACACAUGCGACCGUGUCUACCGGACCCGGUGGUGGCCCGGUAUGGGACGUAAGAGGAAGUACCUUUGGCGGAAAUUCGGGAACUUCGUCCGUGCAGCGCCGUUCAACGCCCCUUGGGACUACGCCCGGCAGAUUACGGCAUGCUCUGGUCCGAAGUUAACUUACAACAACGCCUACCGGCUGAAGGUAGGCAUCACGGCGCAACGAUUCGGCGACUGGUGCGAGUCAUUCCGCUACAUUCCGGCGGUGCAAGAGCGCAUUCGGCAGAUCGACAGCGGAGCAACCGUGGAGCUUUUGACAUACAACCACGAAUUUCUCCGCUUCUUCAUGGCACCGAGUGCAACACGCGAAGCACUGAAGACGUGCAGGCCUGUCAUCGCACUGGAUGGGACUUUCCUGAAUCGUGCUCAGAAGGCUACUCUGCUGUACGCCAACGCGAUGGACGGCAAUCAGCAGAUCAUCCCCAUCGCGUGGGCGCUCGUAGAUAGCGAAACCAAGGACACGUGGACUUGGUUUUGCCGGCUCUUUGAUAAGCACUGCUCCGACUGGAAGGGACGGGACGACGCGGCCAUCAUCAGCGACCGGGACAAAGGUCUCAUCCCGGCGGUGAAGGAAGUGUUCCCUGAGAAGGUGGCGCACUACUUCUGUGGGUGGCACAUGCAGCAGAACGUGAAGCGGUUCGGCAAGACUUCCGCGGACAUGAUAUGGCGGCUUUUGACAGCCCGGUCUUUGGACAAGUACAACGAGCUCAAGGUCGGUGCACGUGAAUCCCAUCCCCUGCUCACGACUUACCUCUACGCAAACACGCCGGACGCGUGCAACCGCCAACAACAUUGCGGCCAAAGCGGCUGA